GAAAUGAAAUAAAUGGAUUUAUCAAAAGCAAAGCUCCCCUGAAAAAAAAAAGUUGAGGACUGAAAUGAAAUUAGAUGGGAUGAGAGGGGAGAAAUUGAAAAAAAUUAUAAUCCCAAAUUAUAUUGAUGUGAUCCUAGCAGUACCAGCAAGUCCACAGGCAAUCAGGUGAGGCAGAGCGUGAGUUGAAUUUGGUGAGAGUACCGACGUCGUCAGCUCCAGUCGCCGAAAGUAUGGAUUAUGAGACGGUGAAGAAGUUCGUCGAGAAAGAGGGCGGGCCUUACGAAUUCACGGUGGAUUCGAUGCCCGAGCGAUUCAUAGAGCCAAUGGUGAUGCAGGGCAUGAAAAUCGAUCACAUCGAACGCGGCCGCAUCCUUUGCUCCUUCACUGUUCCUCCUCGCCUCGUGAACACUGGGAAUACCUUGCACGGCGGAGCCACGGCAGCGCUGGUGGACAUCGUUGGCUCGGCUGUUAUUUUCACGAUGGGGGCUCAGACCACCGGCGUGUCCGUCGAAAUUAAUGUUUCAUAUUUGAACGGCGCUACUGUUGGGGAGGAAGUUGAGAUCGAAAGCAAGGCAUUGCGUGUGGGAAAGGCGCUCGCUGUUGUCAGUGUUGAUCUGAGAAGUAAGAAGACUGGAAAACUUUUAGCGCAGGGGCGCCACACAAAGUAUCUGGUUCUCCCUAGUAAAAUCUGAAAGAUUGCAUCCUUUCAUGCUGCUACUUAGCUCUGUAAUAAUUUGGUUGAAACAUAUAAAACAAAUGUCAACUAAUUGCACACCUGCAGUUGUGCAGAAUGAAUGCAUUCUAUUUUGACAUCGUUCA